AUGGACACUCGGAGCGCCUCUCCUCGAGUCCCCUACCGGGCGGCCUCCACACCACCCCCAAACUACCGUGGGCUCCACAGCCACUCUCCUGCUCGCCAUCAUCGCUCUUCCCGUCCUGGGACAGCCGGUAGCGAGUAUCCAGAGCAGCCCACAGCAUACAGACCUCUUCAAGAGGAAGGCCAUGCCAAGCCUUCGCCCUUCGCUCUUGGCCAAGCACCUCCUGCAAAAUGGCGGCUGCCAAAGGCUGUAAGGUCGCCUAAAAGGCUGCUGUCGACGUUGGUCGCCCUUGCCAUUCUAGGUCUCCUGAUCAAAUAUGUAGGGAUGGGAAAGGACAGAUUGUUGAGAUCAAAGUGGGGCUGGAGACCAAGAGGGGGUCGGAGAGUAGAUGACGGUCUUUGCCGAUUCGUGUCACCGGUAGACGCCUACCACAGAGAUCUACAGCGCCUGAGAGGACUUGCGUACCCUGGCGCCAACUUGACAGCCCUCUACCCUUCCCUUCACUCAUAUGUACACCACCACACAUAUUCUCCCACCGGUCAUCUCCUUGUUUCCGACCACCCCGACGCCCCGCAUCCAAUACCUCUUUUGCUCGACCUCGGCGAAAAGCGAUGGGAAGAAUUACUCUCCCGACAGUCUCGUACGCUCGAAGAAGCCGUAAGGGAGUACAUGCGACGCUAUGGAAGACGGCCUCCAAGGGGCUUUGACAAGUGGUGGGAUUUCGCUAUGCGUCACAACUUGGUACUCCCAGAUGAGUAUGACAGGAUCAAUCUCGACUUGGCGCCAUUCUUGGCCCUGCCUGAAGAGGAAAUGAAACGACGAAGGGGAUUGGUAGACAACAUGUCCGAGACGUUCACCCUGGUGAUCAAAAAUGGCUCGGUAGAUAUUGAGAUCAAAGAUGAGGGUGGUCUUAACUGGGGAGGUACCCUUCCUCGUGCUUCAGACACGGCUGCACUUCUUCGGGCAUUCUCGGAACACCUGCCAGAUAUGCGUGCUACCUUCUCCAUCUUUGACCAACCCCAGAUCUAUCUCUCUUGGGCUCGCCGAGGUUCUUUGGUGAAUCUGGGUUUGAAGGGAGAGCAUACCUCACAUCUGGAAGAAACAGAUAGCGCCCUCGUCAAGCUGUCCAGGAGUUGUGCUCCAGACUCCAAUUACAGGAAGAAUGAGAGCUAUUCGGAGGGCAGGUCAUUCAUCUACGACAGCUUAGAAGCUGGUGAUCUAUGCCAAAACCCAUAUGUGAUUCCUAUUCAUGGUUUGACUAUAGAGCCACACGAGCCGUCCUCUCAUCCUCGACCUCACACUCAGCUCUUGCCUCUGUUCAGUCUUGCCAAGACCUCCAUCAACUCUGAUAUCUUGAUAACGCCCCUCGACCAAUUCAACCAUGAGACAGGAAAAGACCUCGAGUUCAGAGAUAAACCGAGCUCUAGAUUGGCUUGGCGUGGAAGCCCUACUGGUAUCUCAUGGAUGAACGCUCAAGUUGACUGGCGCAACGCGCAUCGUAUCCGCCUUCACCGAUACGCCAACAACCGCUCUACAGAGCACAUGACCUUCCUUGUCCCUGACUUUGGCCAAGAUGAAGACUACUACCCUGACGAAUUCGACGUUGACGGGGGUAUCGCUGAGAUCAAGAAUGGUCAGGAGGAAUGGCACGAGAGAAACAGGGAGGUGCAAGAACAGCAUCUGGAGGAACAGAUCGACGAGGGACCUCUGCACUUCAUCGAAGAAGAGAUCCCAACGGACGAGGCGAUGGAGUUCUUCUAUGACAUCAAAUUGGCGGGGGAUCCUAUCCAGUGCGAUUCGGAUGAUGGAACGUGCGAUGAUCUGAGACGAGAGAUCGAGUGGGCUCCCAGGCAGAGCGGGGAGGACUUGAACCAGAACAAGUUCUUACUCGACAUUGACGGUAACGGCUGGAGCGGCCGAUUUCGGAAACUAAUGAGCACCAACUCGGCCGUCAUCAAGAUGACGAUGUUUACCGAAUGGUUCCAGCCCCAUCUCAUCCCUUGGUUCAUGUACAUCCCAGCCAAGCUCGACUUUUCGGACCUUCCGGAUAUCAUGGCUUUCUUCCGGGGCAGUCCCACGUAUCCGGAAUUCGCGUUUGAUGAAACGGCAGAAGCUUUGGCUAUCAACGGAAAAUGCUUUGUGCAAAGAAUGUUCCGCCUCGAAGAUAUGCAGGCGUAUAUGAUGCGCCUCUUCUUGGAGUAUGCUCGGAUCGCCGCUGACGAAGGAGAUGAUAUGGACUUUUACCUUGAUGACUAUUGGUCCGACAUCGACACCUCAGACUGGUUCGAUGAAGAAGCCAUCAAGAAUAGGAAGCCUGUGGCGGAUCUACCAGAUGUUAUGGAGGGGGACGGUGGGUCGCGAGCCGCCGGGACUGUGUUGGAAGAGGAGCUUGUAGAAGGCACAAAGCAGGACGAUGGCGGGGAUAUCAGCUGGGAAGAGCAUGAUGGGCUGAGUGAGGAAGAGCUGUUAAGGGAGGUCGUGUAA